AUGGCAGUAAAUGAAGGGAAUCUCGACAGUGUACAAGCCUAUGAUUCCGUAAUUGUAACUGCUGGCGCAAUGCAAAAAAUCAUAGGCAUCUCAGGUGGAGGCGAAUUUGAAGUCCAAGUCUACGAAUUCAAACAGGAGAAUCCACAAGUUUACGAUGAACAGUUUGAAAGUUGUGGUUGGAGUGUCUCUUCAAAGAAGCUGAUGUCAUUCAAAGGAAAAACAGGUUUAACAUUAAAACAGUAUUUGAGGGAAGGUUUUACAAAAGGUUCAAACGAUAUAUCUGAAGCACUUGGUCCACUUGUUUGUGCCAUCAGCACUCCUGAAUUUCAACUCAAACAAGUUAAAGAUUUUAUUACUCGUCUUCGCAAAGUAUUAAGAAUUGUUCCAACUGGUUUUAAAUAUACAAUUGCUGAUUAUUUUAAGUCUCAUCUUGGUCAAGCUACCGCAUUAGAUCAACAUGUCAAUAUGCCUGGACUAGUAGCAAAAGAUGUCUGCACAGCAUUGAAUAAUUUUUAUAAGAAAAAUAAAAAUGCACCAAAAAAUCCAAACGAUUGGACAGUUCAACAACGAUCAACAUAUGAAAGAGAAAUAUUAGAAGAUUACGGUGUGCAUCGUACAAUGAGCAAUCCUACGAAUAGGUACAAAAAUCUGAAAACAGCAUUUUCCUUACCUUAA